CUCGAUGUCAACAAAUCGAUGGAAAAGUUUAUUUUACGAAACUUUUUCUGCGGGUAGACGCGUGUGCACAUCUUGGCUCUAAAACGUAAUAGGAAUAACAAUUGAGGGAAACCUAACUUAAUAAUAAAUACCUUAACCGCAGCAGUAGACCAAACACCCCGACCACCCCCUCACUUCUUCCCACUGCCAGCGUGCUUCCCUCGCUUAUUUUCUUUCUCCCGCCUACGAUUUCAUCGCUCUCUCCCUAUUUUCUCACCAAAUCAUAAUUAUUAUAAAAAUAAAUAUAAAUAAAUCCAAAGCCAAAAUCAGAUUUCGUAACUCGUAAAAUCGAAAGACACUGAGAAUUUUUGUAAAAACUAUAAACUUUUUCUUACGUUCGAAAAAAAUUGUGUGUGCGUGCAUGAUAAUGUGAAACAUUACAAAAACAUUGCUCCUCUCUGUUUGGAAAACAUAGCCCGCACUGGACAACCAUGUCCUAUACCGAGUUGGAAUCUGGCUAUCAGGAUAUAUCCCAGCAGCAACAGCAAAAUCCGCAACAAAAUAACCCACAGCAGCAGCGCGUUGGUUUCUAUUUGGGAUUACAGGAUGGCAACGGUGACACUGAUUUUGGGGAUAGCAAUGACGGGAUGGACUCCGACACGAGUACUUCGUCGAGCAAUAGCAAGCAAGUGGUUGUUGGUAUCUGCGCGAUGGCCAAAAAGACACAGUCAAAGCCGAUGAAGGAGAUUCUCACGCGACUCGGAGAAUUUGAGUUCAUUAAACUGGUGACAUUCGAGGAAAACGUGAUCCUGCGAGAGCCGGUCCAAAAUUGGCCCACCUGCGAUUGCCUGGUUUCGUUUCACUCGAAGGGCUUUCCGCUGGAGAAGGCCAUCGAGUAUGCACAGCUAAGGAAUCCAUUUGUGCUAAAUAAUCUGCACAUGCAGUAUGAUAUUCAGGAUAGGAGGAGGGUGUACGCAAUUCUAGAAAAGGAGGGCAUUGAGAUACCGCGCUAUGCAGUCCUCGAUCGCGAUUCUCCGGAUCCCAAACAUCAUGAGCUGAUCGAGUCAGAGGAUCACGUAGAGGUUAAUGGUAUCACCUUUAACAAACCGUUUGUGGAGAAGCCCGUCUCGGCGGAGGACCACAACAUAUACAUAUACUACCCGACAUCGGCAGGCGGGGGAAGUCAGCGACUUUUUCGGAAAAUCGGCAGCCGGAGCAGCGUAUAUUCCCCGGAGUCUAGAGUGCGCAAGACGGGAUCAUUCAUCUACGAGGACUUUAUGCCCACUGAUGGCACGGACGUCAAGGUGUACACCGUGGGACCAGAUUACGCCCAUGCCGAGGCCCGCAAAAGUCCAGCUUUGGAUGGCAAAGUAGAACGCGACAGCGAGGGCAAGGAGAUUCGAUAUCCGGUGAUUCUCAAUCAUUCUGAGAAGCUUAUCUCACGUAAGGUGUGCCUGGCCUUCAAGCAAACCGUAUGCGGAUUCGAUCUGCUGCGAGCCAAUGGAAAGAGCUACGUCUGCGAUGUUAAUGGCUUUAGCUUUGUGAAGAACUCGAACAAGUACUAUGACGACUGUGCCAAGAUACUGGGCAACAUGAUCCUAAGAGAGCUAACGCCUACGCUGCAUAUCCCCUGGUCGGUGCCCUUUCAGCUUGACGAUCCUCCUAUUGUGCCCACCACUUUCGGCAAGAUGAUGGAGCUGCGCUGCGUGGUGGCAGUAAUCCGACAUGGAGAUCGCACUCCCAAACAAAAGAUGAAGGUGGAAGUGCGGCAUCCCAAAUUCUUUGAGAUCUUCGAGAAGUACGAUGGCUAUAAGCUUGGUCACGUUAAAUUGAAGCGGCCCAAGCAAUUGCAGGAAAUUCUGGACAUUGCCCGUUUUUUGCUAAGUGAGAUCCACACAAAGGCCCACGCCGAGAUCGAGGAGAAGGAGAGCAAGUUGGAGCAGCUGAAGAACGUUCUGGAGAUGUACGGCCACUUUUCGGGCAUAAAUCGAAAGGUUCAAAUGAAGUACCAACCAAAGGGUCGACCACGCGGCUCUAGCUCCGAUGACACCAAUCUAGCAGCGGAUCAGCCUGUGGAGCCAUCGCUGGUCCUAAUCCUCAAGUGGGGCGGAGAACUGACUCCGGCCGGUCGUAUACAGGCGGAAGAACUGGGCCGAAUCUUUCGUUGCAUGUAUCCAGGUGGACAGGGAAGAUCAGAUUACUCGGGAACCCAGGGCCUGGGACUGCUAAGAUUACACUCAACGUUCCGGCACGACCUUAAAAUCUACGCCUCGGAUGAGGGACGAGUCCAGAUGACGGCUGCCGCUUUUGCCAAGGGUUUGCUGGCUCUGGAGGGCGAACUCACACCCAUCCUUGUCCAGAUGGUAAAGAGCGCCAAUACAAACGGACUGCUGGAUAAUGAUUGUGACUCCAGCAAGUAUCAGAACCUGGCAAAAGGACGACUCCACGAGCUAAUGCAAAAUGAUCGGGAGUUUUCAAAGGAGGAUCGCGAGCAGAUUAAUCCUUGUAAUAGCAAAUCGAUCACCCAGGCGCUAGACUUUGUUAAGAAUCCAGUGGACUGCUGUCACCACGUACAUCUGCUAAUACGUGAGCUCUUACACAUUAUCAGCAUCAAGAAGGACGAUCCGAAGACCAAGGAUGCGAUCUUGUACCACGGCGAGACAUGGGACCUGAUGCGAUGUCGCUGGGAGAAGAUCGAAAAGGAUUUUAGCACUAAGUCGAAACUGUUUGACAUUUCCAAGAUACCAGAUAUCUAUGAUUGCAUAAAAUACGAUCUGCAGCAUAAUCAGCAUACUUUGCAGUAUGAUCAGGCGGAGGAGUUGUAUAUCUACGCUAAGAAUCUGGCUGAUAUAGUAAUACCCCAGGAGUAUGGAUUGACGCCGCAGGAGAAAUUGGCCAUUGGUCAGGGUAUUUGCUCUCCAUUACUAAGAAAGAUCAAGGGAGACUUGCAGCGAAAUAUCGACGAAGUAGAAGACGAGUUCAUGAACCGUUUGAAUCCACACUAUAGCCAUGGUGUGGCAAGUCCUCAGAGGCAUGUCCGCACAAGGCUCUAUUUCACCAGUGAAUCGCAUGUCCACUCCCUGCUCACAGUUCUGCGUUACGGGGGAUUACUUAAUGUGGUCACGGAUGAGCAGUGGCGUCGGGCAAUGGACUACAUUUCAAUGGUAUCGGAGCUGAACUAUAUGUCACAAAUCGUCAUCAUGCUCUACGAAGACCCCACCAAAGAUCCAACAUCCGAGGAACGCUUCCACGUUGAACUGCACUUCAGUCCGGGUGUUAACUGUUGUGUGCAGAAAAAUCUGCCGCCAGGUCCGGGCUUUCGGCCGCAUUCGCACGGCGACAAUGCCUGCAAUGUAAGCUUGCAGUCCUCGGAUGAGUCCAAUCCCGCCAGGAUCGAAGAGGAGAACGACUCGAAUUCAGGAGAGGAGCGGGAGGGCAAGAAGCGAGGGACUACCGGCCAAAGGAGCUCCGAUCGCAACGCUGAUCGCACUUCUCCCGCCUUUGGAUUCAACCGUUUAGAACUGAGAUCCAAGCAGUUAAAAUCGAAGCCCAUCCCCAUCGGAGCUCAUCACACGGUCAGUGGCCAUGAGGCAAUGGAUCUUGCCAAGCGCUUGAACGAGGAACUGGCCUCACAACAGCAGCAGAACCAGCAGCUCCGGCCAAUCAGUCCUGAUAUCCGUGCAGUGAGCCCUGACUGCGAGCCACGUUCCCGGAGCUUCGAGCAGCGACCCACCUCCGGCGUCUGUGCCAAGGAGCCGGUAUCGCCUGAUUUUGAAGAGAUUUCCCAGGGUCUUACUUCUGAGGAGGAUAGCUUCCAAGCUCGUACUUCUGAAUUUAAAGAUAGCUUCGAAGAUCAUAAUCCUGCAUUUAGGGAGAUAACCCAUGCUCGAGCGGGCGACUCGGAUGGAGGAGCCGGUCCCAAAGCUGGAAAUCGCAGUGCUUUUCAAAUUCGGGUUACGAAUAGUUUAUCCUUUUUCAAAAUUGAUUCAUCGACGAAUGAGCUGCCAUUGUCGGACAUUGAUUUUUCGUUGCACCCGGCUACUCCCCAAUGCGGCCCGUUGUCGCACAAACGCCUUCAUGUGUUGACCAUGCGGCGGAUGGAGAGUUGCGACGAGGGCGAAGAUCUUGAGCAACUCCGGCACAUGCCGCAGAUCUCACCAAUAGCCACCAAUGAGCGACCCUUAAGCUCCUGCAAUUGCAGCAGCUCGGCGGUCCAGGCACAUUCGCACUCCAAAAGUCUUAUGGACUUGGGCCAGGCGAAGGCUGCGUCUUCCCCACCAGAAGCUGGGCAACUUUCGGAGACAGGCGGAGGGCCGGCAACCACGGCGGAUGUAAGUAGCAGCAGUUUUGAUGACGACUUCCAGUUGUCUAGCUCAGCACCGGCCAUCCUGAUGAGCUCCUAUUUCGGUCAAAAGCCCCUGACGGCUGCUUUGUCGCCAAUGGCUCAUGCUACUACAUCGCCCACAGCCUCCACUUUACGUCUCUGCCAAGAUAUGGACAAAGCUUCGGCUUCGGCCUCAUCAUCUGCUCAACGCAAGGCCACCAGUAGCUCCUGUGGUCAGCUUUCAAUACCAGCUUCUGCUCCUGUUUUGACAGACAAUCCGUUUCGCUUCACCGUUUUAUCAGUGGGUACUUCUGCGUCCUCUAGCGGCUGCUUUGUGAGCUGUUUCGAGCCUAUCAAAGAGCAGGUUACACCCACAACGGAGGAUAUACAGACAUCGCAGCCUGAGCCUCAAGUAGUCUACAAUCUGCCCACACUGCUGAUAACAGACACGGCAAGUACCACGAAAUCGACGAGCAUUAAAAGCUCCAAUAAAGUAAAACAAGCAGUUGCUACAACGUUUUUACCAAUAGAAAGUGAAAUAUCUAAAGAUAUACUUAUAUCAAAGGAUAUAGGAAUAGAGACAGUAAAAGUUACAACAUUUGCACCAACGAGUAUAGCAACAGAUAUUAGAACUGAUACAAUAACAGACAUAAAAAUAGAUUCAACAACAGUUACAGCCACAGAUACAACGAAAGAUACACCAACGGUUACACCAACAGAUACAAUAAGCGAUCUUACAAAAGGUAUACGAAAUUUUACACAAACAGCCACCCCAACAUCCCCACGAACAUUUACAUUAUCCACCACCACUACAACAACAUUAGCAGCAGCAGCUUUGUUUGAUAAUACAGCAACAAUGUCUUCUAAUAAACCAUUUACUAACCAAUUCCAAUCAAUCGAUCCCACCUCAAACGACGCACCACACCAUCAUGUACAUCAACACCAAAACCUAACAACGAUCAUCGAUCAACAACAACAACAACAAAAAUCAUGUAUCCAAAAUACACUGAACGAAAACAACACUACCUCCACAAAUACAAACACCACUACCACGACCCUGUCUUGUUGUACCAAUACCAUCGCCACAGAUAGCCAAGUCUCGGUGUCGGUUUCGGCAUCGGUGUCAUCGGCCAACUCGUCCAGUUCGUCGCGUCGCCAAAGACACAGUAUUGCCGGCCAGAUGUCCUAUAUGAAAAUGUUGGGUUUCGGUGGUUUUAGCAAAAAGAUGGCCACCAGCGCAAAUAGCCUUUUCAGCACCGCCGUCAUUAGCGGCAGCUCGUCCGCUCCUAAUCUUCGCGAUAUGAUACCGGUAUCCUCGUCCGGUUUCGGCGAUGUGCCACCAAUUCGACCGCUUGAGACGCUGCACAACGCCCUGUCGUUGCGCAAGUUGGACAGCUUCCUGCAGGAUAUGAUCCUGGCGCAGAUCUUCAAAACGCCAACGGGCUCGCCGCCACGGGACUUCGCCAAGAGUACCUUGCCAGCAGUCUCCUCGAUGACGCUGACCGCCUCAAAUCAGCCCGGGGUGACAAUUAGCAAUGAGGUGCAAAUAGGUGGACAGGAGAAGACCGUAACGCCGACCUUUGACCGGCGUGGCAGCGAAUCGGGCACAACCGAUGGUCACUCGCGACUUCUUUCUGAAUGUCCGUGCCCGAAUCUGGAUGACAGUAACUCAGCGCUUCUACAAUCACUGGCGGGAAAGAAGCAGCUUUGGCCGCAAGAUAGUCCGCAGGCAGCUGAGGACGGAGAGGAGGCAUCCCUUCCUGAAUUGGAAACGAAGCCAAGCUUGGACCUUACAAUGGAGAUCAUGGAACAGUGGGCGUCAGUACCUCCCUCCUUUGAGCCCAUGAACAGGGACAAUCUGGAACCUGACGAAGGAGCAGUGGGCGGUGAAGUCUUUUUAAGCGUUUGCGAGGAGCACGGCAGCGGCAGCACAUGCCUCACCCCAGUUAGCUUCGGCAUGGAUCUAGACCUGAGCAUGGUGGCCAACAAGGGCUCCAUGACGCUGUCAAUGGAUGGAUACGAAGAUGAUGAAGAUCCAACUUUGUCAGCGGCCACAACACCUUCUCUGCCGGCAGACUGUGAGCCGCAGCUAGAGAGCUGCUAUUGCUGUCCCACACACGCAGAGGGUCCUCCGGAAGUUUCCAGCGAUGAUCCGCGAUUUGGGUUUGCUUUGCCCGUUCGCAUUACCCAGGCCUCGCCGGAGCAUAUACGCCGUGCCCAUGAUACCGUCUCGCCAAAGAUCCAGAAGCAGGUCAGCAUGUUUGAGGGCCAUGUCCCUCAAGCAGCGGGGCAGGAGAAGUCCGAGGCAAUCGGCUCGGUUGGGGGCGGAGCAAUUCUACACGCCUCCAUUAACCUGCCGACUGCAGGACCGCAUCAUCUGCGCCAGGAUGCACGGCUACGAAAGUUUGAGAACCUCACGCAGUCCACCUCGAACUCCAACUUUCCCUUUGAGAGCAACACGCUCAAGCGGGUGCCCAUGCAAGCCACCGAUGACUAUGAGAACGUGAGCCACACCCAGAGCUGUACAGACCUGAAAAGUGAAAGCGGCACAGUCCUCAGUGGAUCACCGCAGCAUCAGAGAGGGGCUGGAGGUGAAGUCCUGACCGAGCGGAAACCACCUCGAGCUUACUACGGCCGUAUGAUCAAUGCGUGUUGCUCCACCUCGGCCUCGCCGUCCCCCUCGCCAUCCCCCUCGCCGGGAGCCCUGAUUGUCAAGGAGCGAUUCAUCGAACCGCCAAAGAGGGGCGUCGUUCGCGGAUAUCAUGGCAAAACACAGUCCAUGGACGCAGACUUCCUGUUCAACGAGUUUCUGCUGCUGCCGGGAAUGGCACCCGCUAAGCUGUCGUUUGAUAGCUCUGAUAUCGAUCAAGCCAGCUAUGAAGAGGCGCCUAGCACCUCUAAAAAGAGGCACUCAUAAAUUGCAGCCCACUACAAAUCCUUAAAGCACUUGUAUUCCUAAUCCACGCAAAUGUAACUCACAGAAGAUAUCGCUUUUUCGGGAGCUAUCAAAUGGAUAUACUAGCUAUCGAACUCAUUAAUCUUAAACAAACUGUUUGUUGUUCUUGAGCCAAGAAAAUUUAAAAAUAAAGGUUAUACAUAUUUUUUGUCCAUAA